GCAGAAGCUGCGGGGGUUUGACGGAGCUGCUGGUGGAGCGGUGGCCGCAGAGCAGAAGUGAAGUUGAGCAUCUCCCUCCCGCAGGUGAUGUCCCCUCACGCACGGUGUCAGUGAGCCGCUGUCCGACACGCCGCCGCGGGCUGAGCUUGCGGUGCUUCUACCGGGACAUUAACCGCGAGCUGACGGGACGGCUGUUUCCCUUGCGAGGCGUGUUUUCCUUGAGGUGAACGGGGGUCGGUGUCAGAUGUUGGAACAGUGUCUAAAACCCCAUCACCCACACCUUUGUGAUGUCUGACUGAAUCGUGGGGAUGCUCCAGAUAGUAUCUCUAACUUUCUGUUAAUGACAAUCCAACGAUCACGCUCCCUCUUCAGACAGUAAUCGGUAGAGAAGAUUUUCCAGGGCUUUCUUUGAAUGCAGCACCAAAAGCUCUCCACCUAUGCUGGAAAAUGGACCUGAAUGGUCAUUCACAACAGGAGGACAACACCACCUGCAACCAGAUCUUAAUGUUGAGAAGACAGAAGAUUCAUAUCUUCCACUGAUUCAUCUGUGUGACUGGCUGACUGCUCUAUGAUGGGAUGCUUGAGGUCAGCAUGGCAGCGGACCUCCUCCAAAGCGAAUGACAUAUCACAGCUAAAUUGCCUUUUGCCACCAUUUUUCAUUUGAUGGUAUCACUCUUCUGUCAAGGAGUAACACUUUAGUAACGCAAGUGAAAAUUAUGAAACAUGACCAUCAACUGAAGUUGAUAUAAUUUGAAGGAAUUCAGUAACAUUAAGCGGCCCCACUUGUCUACUUGAGGCUGUCCUCCCAUUUUAUGGAGACCUUGCAUAGUAGCCUGACGACUGGGGAGCAGUCCGAAGGUCAAGAACAUUGUCAACCUGAAUCUCCUCACCGUGGCCGGCAGCCUAAGUCUCCCUCCCAGCCCCAACAGCAAACAAGCUCCCCAAAGCCCCAUGGCAUGCAACAGCAACCCAAACAGUCCAGAAGACAGCAUCCUGAGCGUAAGCGUCUCAGGCAUCAGCGGCAAAGCACUAACUCAGAUACAGUGCUGGAACACAAAAAUGAAGCAACAACAGAAACAAAAGGAACCCCAGUUCCAGGUGACAAACUAGAAGUUGACCAAACCCAAUCUAAAGAAGAAAGCCAAGACAGCACCCCAAAACAAAAACGAGAGCGUAAGCCUCAGAGACCAGGAAAAUAUGUCUGCACUUACUGUGGCCGGGCAUGUGCAAAACCUAGUGUCCUACAGAAACAUAUUCGCUCCCACACAGGAGAAAGACCCUAUCCCUGUGCCCCAUGUGGUUUCUCUUUUAAAACCAAGAGUAACCUGUACAAACAUCGCAAAUCGCAUACCCACAGGGUGAAGGCAGGUCUGGCACUUGGGGAGCCAAGAAAUCUAGAGGAGCAAGUCACUGAGUCCGAAGAUGAAACCAGACAGCUAUCAUCCACUUCUUCCCUUACUGAAACACAAAGCAGUGUAGCCUCAAUGAAGAGUCAUGAAACAGACAAGGCCAAAGAUUGCACUUCAGUAAGUGAUGAGUCCUAUGCAGUAAAAAAGAGAUUAGCACUGCGUCUAAGUAGAGGAAAAUAUGCUCCUCAAGAUUCAUCGGAUGAAAAGACUUCAUCUCUUUUAGGCAGUAAAGGCAGUACAGAAUCUGGCUAUUUCUCUCGCUCUGAAAGUACUGAGCAGUCACAGGACAGUCCCCCCAACACAAGUGCCAAAAGCUAUGCAGAGAUCAUCCUUGGCAAAUACGGACGUCUUGGACACCUACAGAGGAUGUCUCGUCAUCAUAACCAGCAGCCCUCAGAUCAGAAGGAAAAAAGCAUCCCAUUCACAGUGCCCAAGAAGCAGGUCAUUGACCAUAUUACCAAACUCAUCACCAUCAAUGAGGCAGUGGUGGACACUAGUAAAAUUGACAGUGUAAAACCAAGAAGAUUCUCGCUCUCUAGAAAGAAUAGUUCAGAAACUCAAAAGACUUCAUCUGUUAAAGAACAACUUAUUCAUAGCCCUAAAGCUGGAGAUCCUGGCUAUAAAAACAGUGGCUCCAUUACCAUGGGAGUCCCAUGUGAAAAAUUUUAUCAUCAGCAGCCACCUGGCCAAACAUCCACUGCUCCUCUGGUGAGAAGUCACUCAAUGCCAUCUGCAGCUAGUUCAUUUGAUACCUCCAGUGUUGGCUCCAGUAAAUUUCGCCAAAGUCAGUCCUUUGAUGAAAGGCAGCCUUCUGAAAUAAGGGCAGCCCGUCGUUAUGGAAUGCUAAGACGGCAGCCCGCUAUUGAAAUCCCACUUGGUGCUGAACUUACAAAAGAGGAACAAGAGGGUUCUCAUUUAUUUUACCCUGACAGCAUAACCACUGUGCCUGACCACAAGCCAAGUCAACCCCAGCCAUAUGAGUGUGAGGCCUGUGGCACUGGGUGCAAAGAUUGGGAAGGUUAUAAGAAACACAAGCAAAGCCUGUGCUUAGCACAUCAUCCCAGAAAUGAGGUUGUCAUUAGUCAAAUGGCGUUCUCACAGUUAAUUAACCAUGCAGUCAGAGCAGGAGCUUCAACUGUGCGCAAGAGGAGGAAAGAGGAGAGUUUUGAAUUCGAUGACCCUUCCUCUCCUUCAUUACCCUCUCCUGCCCUCUUGUCCGGACAGUGUGAGGACGACAGCAGUGUAGCUUAUGAGGGCCCCAGAAGACCUACUUUGCAAACUUGUUCAGUAAUUCAACAUACUAGUUCAUUCGAAAAACAAGAAUCUUUGUGCAAUGAGAAUCAAGGCCCCGAGGCAACAAAAGACUCUACACAUCAUGAAGAAUGUCAACUACCGCCUCAGAAACUACCCCAAGAACAGUCAACAAAACUGUCCACACGAAAACUGGUCCGGCAACACAAAGUUCCAGAAAUACUGGUGACAGAGGAUUCCAACUUGAGAACGUUGACCUCUGUAGAGCCAGCCCCCAUAGCAAAGCCUUUGGAGAAGCCUGAUGAAUUUCAGUGGCCCCAGAGAAGCUCAUCUCUGGCCCAGCUCCCAAUUGAAAAACUUCCUCCAAAGAAAAAGCGCUUACGUCUUGCUGAGGUCGCCCAGUCCUCAGGGGAAUCGAGUUUUGACUCAGUAUCUCUGCCCCGUAGCCCUAGUCAAGAGAGUAGUGCAUCCUAUGCAUCCAGUCGUUCAACAUCGUUUGAGGAGUCAAAUAGACCAGACAUGGAGACAGCAACAUCAUCACCACUGAGGAGAUCCAGAGCUCCUCACAUGCUCACGGUGCCUGGAGUGCAUCAGCACAGAGAGAUGAGGCGUUCAGCAUCUGAGCAGGCACCUCAUGACCCCCAACCAAGUGUCCUAAUGGCUGAGACGCGCAGUAAGUCUUUUGACUACAGCUGUCUGUCCCCUGAGCGCACUGCAGUUGGCUGGAGGGAAAGAAGAAAGUGUCUCCUAAUGAGACACACUGCUAUCAGAGAUCCAGAUGAGGAGGAGGAGGACCAGUGCAACAUACCAAGCCAUAGUCCUGAACGCGUCACAACUAGCACAUCUGCUCAAGCAAACCCAACCUCUUUGUGCUGCAGUAAGCCACCCACUUCUCCUGUUUCUGGUGACACACUCUUGCGUUCUCCAGCUACUCAGUGGAAACUUGGUCAAAAUAUUCAGUUAACAGGCAGCACAGAACUCUUAUAUAGUCAUGUUCCUUCUGUAAAUACUGUAAAAGAGGAGACCUCACACAUCCAAACAGAGCAGCCCUCUCCUCAAGCACCACAGCCCUAUCUCGCACACGGACCAUCAGGGGCAGCCAGAGCUCGCUACCUCCCCAUGUCUACAGGGCUAAAGCUAGAGAUUCCCUCACAGCAUGACAAUUACUCAGACACUAGAGUAAGUCUCUCCCACAGUCAACACUCUGUUCCUCACAUCACUUCUAGCCUAGAAUUACUGAGGCCGGUCGCAUCUCCAUCAGUAGCAGUGCGUCUCCAAACAGACUUCCUAUCCCCAGCAUGUGCCAUAUACACUACAUUGUCUCAGUCUAUAUCUCUGAGGUACCAGAAGGCAGUUGAUGCCGUUUCCGUGAAUGUAGGUAUUCCAGUAGCUGAGUACAGAAACCACAGGGACACAAAUCCAGAUUAUCAGUUCUGGUCUGAUGAUGGCCUACGGUUAUCAGGCUCAGGGGGCAACAAGCGCAUGCUCUCCCCUUCAAACAGUAUAGAGCUCCCCCCUGAGUCACAACAGCAGCAGAAACGUGUAAAAGAAGAAGAGGAAGCGAGGGUAGUGGGAUUUGUUGACAAGGCAUCAGUGGACCCAUGUGGUCAGGAACAAGAUAAUCAACCGUGUCCACCAGGUGUUUGUUCUCCCAUCACACAUGUUGGACCUUCAUUCCCCAGUCUGCUGCCCAGUACCUGUAAUAGCUGGUGCUAUUUGAACUACAUCAAACCAAACCCUUCUACCCUGGAUGAGCAGAGGCCCUCAGUGUACUCAUCGUGGUCCACUAGCAGCUAUAAUCCCAACCCUCCUGGCCUCUCCAGCAAAACAGCUCUCUCUCUGGUGCACUGCAAGCAGAGGCUCAGUCCCUCUAUCUACACUAUAGCCACCAUGUCAGUCAGGACAACUGAGUCUAUGGAUCAAGAGGACAACAAAAGGCUAUGCUCCACUGAGGUCUACAACAGCCAGUCAUACUGCCGAGACUAUGAGGGGACAAGGAAGGAGCAGCUGUCGGCAGGAGACAUCAGGUCAGACAGAGAGGAGGUAAAGGAGGAACAGAAGAAAAAAAGGGAGGGAGUCCAGUCUUGCUCCAGAAAUAAAGAACUUCCUGAAGUUUGGAUCGCCGAGGAGGGAUCAAAUCAGAAGUAUGGUCCUAUGCGUGGUGGAGGUGGAGGGAAGUGCCAAAGUGAGGAUUGCGAGUUGCCCCUUAAGAAUAUUAGUGUUCUGCAGAAGUGCACAAAGUCCCCUCUCUGUAACUGCAGUGAGUGUCACAUUGCUUUCAAACCCAAAGGGAACCUCACGAAACACCUGAGAUGUAAGCCACAUGGAAAAGAAACCUGUUAUACAGAUGACCUAAUUAAAGGAGUCUGUGAAGACCGUCCACUUCACCCAGAGAAACAAAAAGAUCACUCUGAUCUGGGUACAGGUGGACAUGGAGAAGAUAACAAUGCAAAGGACAAAGAUGGUAGACUUGAAAACAACUGGCCCAAGGCGUCUGAAAGCUCUCACGCUGCCUCCUCUCACAGUGAGAAACCUCACUCAGGAGGCCAGUCAAUAGAGCCUGAAGCCAGCCCAUCACUCAUACUCCCCCCCAAGGAUUCUGCCCAGAGGAGCUCAGCCAGGGCCAGGAGGGGCCUUUUCGCCCGCAGAUGCCUCGAUUCCUCAGCAUCUGUGUCCUCCAGAGGCUCCUGCUCCCCUAGUACUCCAUCCCUGACUCCUCGAAGGGAGCCUUCUCCUCAUAGUCCAUCACCCAUGCCUCAUCCCUCCUCCUCCCUCUCCUCAUCCAGUUGUCAUGUCUCCACCUCCUCACCGAGACCAGUCUCCCCUGUCAGAGGUCUUUCACCUGUUGUGGUCCAGCCCCAUGGAUCAAUCUCCUGUGGGCCCCUGGGCUCCCUCACCGACAUCUCUACUCGGCAUCAAACCUGUCUUCACCCAUGGGACCGACCGUCUGCAGCAAGACUGUUAGUGGAUGAUGUUGGUCUGACCCACAUCGCCCCGCAUCCCGCAAGGCUUCAGGGAGCCUACAACCUCCUGAGUCACCUCCCUCUGCACUCUCAGCAGCCGAGCCGGGCCCCGAGCCUCCUUAUUCCCAUUGGGGGGAUACACAUGAUUCAGCCUAGGUCCCCCCUCCCUCUUUACAGACUGGUGUGCAGCCCAACAGCAACCAUAGAUAACCCCGCCGGUACAGGGUCCUCCUGGAGACAGAGUGGCACUGUGAAGGGGAGGUUUUCUCUGCUGCAGCGGCAGGAUACUCUCCGAAAGAUGUCACCUGACAGCCGAGCCAGCCCGGCAGAACCCGUGGAAUCAGGGGAAAUGUCUAAGAGCAGCCUUUUGGACUCUCUGUCACACAGGAAGAGUCGAGGAUACGUCCAACAACCGUCGAGUCCAAGUACAGAGGUGAGGCCUGCAGAGGUGAACACGGAUGCACAUGUUACAGAGAGGUGUGUUUACCCGGAGACCGAAGGCCAAAAAAAGACUCCCUCCUCCCAGACACAGGUGUGAUUGGGGGGAGAGUCUAAAGGGACAGUGCAAAAGACUGAAAACCAGAGUCUGGUUUAGACUCCAAGGAGAAAAGGCAAGAGCACUUGAGCACCGCUUUUGAAUGACGCUGUUAUGUAAUUAUAUGAAUAAUAUAUAUAGACACUAUGUUAGAUAUGCAGUAUGUUUUGUAAAUCUUUUUUUACCCUCUUGUUUGAUGUCAUUGGUGUUAAUUUAUUUAUGUGCUAUUAUGCAAAUUCUGUACUAUAUGCAAAAAGCAGCUGGAAUGAAAAUAGACAGUUUUAACCAAUUACCCUAUUUACCCCUUCGACAGCUCUAAUAUACUAUUGCUGUGUUAAUGUACUGUAUUAUCAAAAUGGAUAUAGAAAGGUACUACAACUAUUUAUUCAUCCUGACCAGUAUUUUGAAGUGCAAUUUUACGUCAAGAUUGUGGUUUUAAAAUGUCAUUCUUAAAGGCUGUGAUUAUUCUAAUUAUUAUUUAUCAGUUUCUUUGUCAUCGUUGUCGUCGUCUUUGUUUGUGUUUGAAGAAGCAGGGUUUACGAUCACCUCCUUUUCUAAAAGAAGUUUGGGAUCAGGACAUUUGGAGUGCACUGACAAAACAAUAUCCAGAGGAAACCUGUUUCAUUUACAUGGUAGCUACAGUAUAGUUUGGGUUUUCCUUUCAUAAACAGAUACAUGUAUUUUUGUGUUGUUGCUUUUAUAAAUGAUACAAUCACUGUCAUUUUCAUGUUUACCAUUAAACUUCUCAUUUUUACAGAUUUAUAUUAAAAUUGUGGUGCGUGUGUGGUUUUUGAGUCACUUACCUCGACGCAUACAUUUUCUCAAUGUAAGGAGGUGAAUGUCAGUCAGAGGCUGAAGGUAAGAAAGACACAUUUAACCA